AUGUACAGGGCGCCGGGUUGUGUAAGCACGCCUCGUUUGGCCGCAUCACCUACAUCCAAGGCAUUUUUCAGGUUGGGGCGGGUGCCCGUCAAAUGGCUCGCUCAUGUUCAAGCAAGGAUCGGAAGCUUUCCGAAUCAACGUGCCGCAGCAUGCGCUGACGCGAGUUGCGGAGAGGCGGGCGUUGGGAGAGGACGGCCACCGCGGCCGAGCCGUGCCCCGUGCGGAGGCCAUCUUUCAUGCUCCCCACCCCCUCAUCCGAUAACAUGUCACAUAAGAGGCAGCGUUGCGUGUUUCCUUUCGUUGUCGGAAUCGAGAGUGAUGGUUCAUGGUUCAUGCAGUUUGUUUCCUGCCGCAGGAGGGGGGGCGGCGAGGAAAGAGUCAGCUCCAUACGCUAUGACAGCAUGGUCUCCAACUGAGCACAUGGAUGUGACCCCGAACGAGGGUUUUUACCCAGGAGGGCUUUGGUUAGUCUCUCUCGUUGUAUUUAAUAGACCGCCGUCGCGCGUUUUGACGUCUACGGCGGACGUAUGCACGCCCGGUGGAUUCCAACUGCAGCUCAGCUCAUCUUCGGUCGAUCAAAUUCGCUAG